GCGCAGAGCCAAGCACGCGAGCUCUCACUAGCACGGCACGACAGGCGCUCCGUCCUCCCUGGCCAUGGCUCGCGCGCACGGCGCCUUCCUGCUACAGCUGCUGGCCGCGGGCCUGCAGGUCGUCGCGCUCGCGGCGACCGUCACAGUCACACAGACGGACGACCCGCGGUGCCGGCCGAGCCUGCCGCGGCGGGGCGCCAUCGCGGUGUACCCGAGCGACAUGGAGCAGCUGCAGUUCCUGCUCAACCCCAAGUUCGUGGAGGCGGAGUGGUUCCUCCACGCCGCGCUGGGGCGGGGCAUCGACUACCUCGACCGCAACCUCUCGGCGGGCGGCCCGGCGCCCGUCGGCGCGCGCAAGGCCAACCUCGACUUUCGCACCACCGAGAUCGCCGCCGAGCUCGGGUACCAGGAGGUGGGCCACAUCAGGGCCAUCACGCAGGCCAACGGCGGGUUCCCGCGCCCGCCCAUCGACCUCAGCGCCGACCGCUUCGCCGCCAUCAUGGACGACGCCAUGGGCGCGCGCCUCGACCCGCCCUUCGACGCCUACAACGGCACCGUCAACUUCCUCCUCGCCUCCUACAUCCUGCCUCACGUCACCGCCGCCGCCGCCGUCGGCAUCAGCCCCAACCUCAUGGGCUACGCCUCCAAGCGCCUCCACGCCAGCGUCCUGGCGGUGGAGGCCGGGCAGGACGCGGUGAUCAGGAUGCUGCUGUACCAGCGCGCCGACGAGACGGUGGCGCCCUACAAGGGCCGCACGGUGGCCGAGUUCACGCGCCGGAUCUCCGACUGGCGCAACGACCUGUCCGGCUGCGGCGCCAAGGACGAGGGAGUCAAGGUGCUGGACCGGCACCAGGGCGCCGAGCGGCGCACCAUCAGCAACAUCCUCGGCGCCGGCGUGGACUCGCUUGGGUACCAGCGCACCCCGGCGGAGGCGCUGCGCAUCCUCUACGGCUCUCGCAACGAGCAGGUCCCCGGCGGGUUCCUGCCCCAGGGCGCCAACGGCACCAUCGCCAGAGGAUUUGUCCAGCUCGCAUAGAUGUCGCUGCAGCUCGAGGAAUCACCCGGUGGCCGGUGCUUCCAUUCCACCUCUUUCAUGCUACCCAUGAACUGAUAUUCUAGACCAACUUCAGUUUACAGCUCGAGAAACAAAACUAUAAUCUAUUGCGAAUAGUGUACUUUGUUAGCACUACUCAUACUCUGAUUUGGCAUUGUCUGUUCCUUAUAUGCUGUGGAUCGAGCUUCAAAUGAAAUGCUGGGCCAUCUUAAAGACA